UCUUAUGGGGGUAGCAAUUUACAUCAAAGGGUCAGGUAUACACAAUACCCCGAAAUAUCUUUGCGGACGCAGGCCAAUGCACAACAAUUUUUCAGGGGGAAAAUUUUUUUGCUGGCAUUUUCCCGUUGUAUGUCAUUCUCCGGCCAUCCGUGUGGCUUUGAUUUCAUUGUGUGCUUUGCAUGAAUUUCUUCUUGCACCUUGGCUGAUUAUCUGCUGUUUGUCUACUUCAUCAAUUCCGAUUGUCUUGUGUUCCUACAUUCGUUCUUUUCCAAUUUCUUCUGAUGGAAUAUCAUAAGGCGAAGAGGAAAAAAUGUCUGAAUAUUGAGACGACUAAGAUUUAUUUAAAGUUAUCACAAUCUGUGCAUUGAAAAAUUGUUAAAAAAUUGUUGAAGAGCUUCUAAAAGUAGUUUGCUUCAUGCUGAUAGCAAUAUUUUUGUCAAAAGUAUCGGCGUAAAUAUAUAAAUAAUGAUGGACGACAUCUAACUCUGGGAAUUUCCAAUUGUACAUGGUUAAAAAGUACAUAUAUCUAUGUAUAUGUACUGCUGCUGCUGCCGCUGAUGUGAUUUCUACAACUGCUGCACCUUUCCAUCACGAAUCGUCGUUGACGUUGCCAUUACUUAGCUUUAGCCUUUGCUACAUAUUUUUCUCAUAUGCGCUACUUCGAGAAGCAUCAGUCGCAUUCGUAUCAGCGAACCAUCUCAGCAUACAAUUUUGAAAGCUCUCCUUCGUUGUAGUCACUAACAAAACAUACCAAGCACUUACAACCCAUAACCGAGGAUAACAUAACUAAGUUAAAAACUAAAGAAAAAAUAGCUGAAAGUUUUCGCGUCGAAAACGCCAAAAAAAAUGUCUAAAACAAGCAAUGCAAGCAAUUGUAAGUUAGUAACAUCUACAAAUCCUACAACAUAACAAACCGACAAAUAACCUCUCACAUUGUGUGUUCCAUCUACUCAAGGCAACUCAUUUCGCUUCGCGUUAGUCAAGUAAAACAUUAACAAAAAAAGAAAAAUUAUAAUAAUAAGAAAAUUAAAAAAAACAUGAUUUAAAUAAUACUACACCAAUACUUAAACACAAAUCGUUAACAUCAUUUCAAAGUGCACCUACAAAAGCUUGAAAAAAAAAUUGUACUUAGAAAGAAAUUCCAACGCAUCUGCAUUGUUGCAUCAACGCUUAGAAAAAUUAAAACAAAAAAAAAACACGAGUGUGAGUGCGUGCACAAAACACUAUCAACUUAGUGUCUGCUCAGCGAGACGCUUCCUGCGAUUCGUGAAGCGUUCUAUUUAGUACACUCGCGCGAUUCCACUGUUUAUGACUACCACAAAUAGUAUCGCAAUAGACUUACCAUUGGCACCCGGCUGUAACAAAAGUGCUGCUGUCGGUCUGUGUCGCAUAGAUGAUAGUUCCAAGUACAGUUCAAAGCGUGAUUAUGAACGCGAUCGGUCAUCCAACUAUCGCGAUCGGGAUCUGUCACCAUCUGGUGGUGGUGGUCCAUUGAACAAUGUUUCGCAAAGAUUAUCGCAAACUACUAUGAAUAAUGGUAACAGCGCUUCGUAUCGUUCACAAUCGCCUGAAAUAGAUUCGCCAUCGUCAAGGGGACACGGUUCGCACGAUAUACGCGAUCGUGAUCAUCGCGGUAGUGAUCGUUUCAGUUAUAUGCAAAAAAUGAGGGAUCGAGAUCGCGAUGUGUAUAAAAAGGAGAAAUAUUCAACAGGUGAGUUGCUAAAAGAAAUAUCUAUAGAGAUUUGCACACGACAUACGAAUCUUAAGGGCAUAUAAAAAUAUUAGGUUAGAAUACGUAAGUGGCAACUAAAUGUAGUUUUGCUACCGUUUACCUGGAAUGAUUAUGUUAAAAUCAACCAGCAUGUUUGGUAAAAUUGAGUAAUCAGUGCUUACGAAAUUCGUGUGGGUGGUCUGCGAUGGGCACGAUCUUUGCCACUGGGAACAGGAGUACUAUUCAAAUUUCUGGCAUUAUCAGCGAGGACAGUGAAGCGCUGUUCGCUGCGGUGAGGUGCUCGACUUUCGAGCGACCUAGUUUCUUCAGCAUCUGCUUCAAGAUUUCGUGCUUUAGAACAUUUUGCGCUGUUAUUAGCAGCCUUUAACACGGUGCGACGCUCUUCCUUUCUGUAUGCACAAUAAACUGCCGGGUGAAUAAGCGCGCUUACUUCCAUGGUCCCGAUGAGGACGUGUUGCCAAAGCUAAUAGUUACAUAUGUACGUAGUCCUUUCGUGUGGUCGAGUUGGAGAAGUAUUUUAACGUUGUCUAUACCUUUCUGACCCCACUGCAGAGAUUACAGAUUUAAGGAUGCUCAUCCCAUUUUACCUGAGUCUGUCGGAUGCGAUCACGCACGUUAGGGGGUUAGGACCCAGGGCGCACCAUCCAGUUGUCCUUUUCCGUGUUGAUGAAUGUACGUUUUACGGAUGUGCAAAGUUAUGGUUGAUACUAACUAUGAUGGGGCAGUUUGUGGUGGCUGUAAGAAAUGCAUAAUCUUUUUUUUUUCUCUAUUAUUACACAUAGACUAAUAAACAUUUGCUUUUGCUAC